AUGCAUAGCGGUUCAGCAAAGGCUUUAACAAAAUGUAUAACAUUAUUGCGGUUCGGCUGGAUUUUCGUAGACUUGGGCGAUGAUUCGAGCAAUGCGUCCCAGCCUAGCGAUGAAUCAUCGGAAUCGGAUUCAGCAAGCGUUAGCUCUGGUGGUAGUAACUCUGAGAACGUUGUCGAAACCAAAUCGUCACGUUCUGCUAAGACGGAAUCCAAAAAUGAAGCAGCUACGAAAAAGGGGCAGCUGAUUUGCACACUGUGCCUGAAUCAGCGUGUAUCAGUUCGACAGGACGAAGUCAUUCAGUGUGCCAAAUGUCAAAUAGCAUUUCAUGAGAAGUGUUACGUCCCAGAAACUCUGACUGAUGAAGGCAGCGGUGGUUCGAAUACAUCCAGUGCUCAGUUUUUUUGUGAACCAUGUUUGUACGGACUCAAAGAACCGCCCUACUGCGAAUUAUGCCCAAAUCGUUAUGGUGCUUUCAAACGAGCAGAUAUUGGUGGUGGUUGGGUUCAUUUGCUGUGUGCUCUCUAUACGCCAGGCGUAACAUUCAGCGAUUUGAAUCGCCUGACAGGCGUUAGUUGGCAAGAAAUCGAUUAUAAAUCAUUUGGAAAACGAAUAUGUGUAGCAUGCUCGGAUCCACUUCAAACACGUACGGGUAUCGCGGUUCAGUGUGAUGCGGGUUUAUGCAAAAAUCAUUUUCAUGUCACAUGUGCGCAGAGAUUGGGCUUGCUAGCUGACCAUGCGGAAGGAACAGCCGAUCCAGAGCUCACGGAUAGCGCCACUUCUGCGAAAAAGUUUGACGAAUGUGACGUUGAAGCUGAAGAGAGAAGGUAUUUAAAUUGUAAGCGACAUGCAGAUAAGGAAGCGAUGUGUCUGGGCAGUGUUCGGUAA